UGCUGGUUUGGAAUACCUAAAGUGUUAACUUGUUUGUGGAUCCGCUCGUGAUGUAAACAAUGAAACAAAACCUCCGAUGACGAGUUAAGAUCAUAUUGAUUGAUCCGGGUUCAGUGUGUCCUAAGUGCAGUGCGUCCCUCCGAGUGCAAUAGCGGUGCAAUGUUGACUCAGAAGUUAUAUUCGGACUCGACGACGAUGGCCACCUCGUCCAACGCCAUGUCGCCGAUGACCCCCACGUACUCCAUGAACUCCAUGUCCUGCGUGUCGAUGCCGUCGAUGAACUGCUCGCCGCAGGCCGCCUCCUUCGGCUCCAGCAUGCUCAACUCAGGUAUGCCCGGGGGCAUGGCGAUGAACGGCAACGGCAUGACCUCCUCCUCGAUGGGCUACACCACCAUCGGCUCCCCCAUCUCCAACAUGAACGCCGCCUGCAUGGCCACCCCCAUGGCCACGAUGAACUCCUACGGCUCCGUCGGCACCCUCGGCCGGGGCGACCUGGGGGGCGGCGACACCUCGCCCAACUCGGCCCUGCAGCGGGCCCGCGCCGACAAGACCUACCGCCGCAGCUACACCCACGCUAAGCCCCCGUACUCCUACAUCUCCCUCAUCACCAUGGCCAUCCAGAACAGCCCCCAGAAGAUGCUCACGCUCUCCGAAAUCUACCAAUUCAUCAUGGACCUGUUCCCGUUCUACCGACAGAACCAGCAACGCUGGCAGAACUCGAUCCGGCACUCCCUGUCCUUCAACGACUGCUUCGUCAAAGUCCCCCGGACCCCGGACAAGCCCGGGAAGGGCUCCUUCUGGAGCCUGCACCCGGACUCGGGCAACAUGUUCGAGAACGGCUGCUACCUCCGGCGGCAAAAGCGCUUCAAAGACGAGAAAAAGGAGCUAAUUAGGCAGACCCACAAGAGCCCCUCGCAUUCGGUGGACAACAGCAACAGCUCCGAGAAGAAGUCGUCGAUACAACACGGCGACGACGCCCAUAAAACCCACCACUUGGACAAGAACCCCGAGAACACGCUGGGCACUAUGCUGAGCAUCCACCCGUCGAAGCUCGACGUCGAGCAAAUGAAUCUUCUGCACUCGAAUGAUCUGAACAUGCACCAGCAGCACCACCAGCAGAACAUGUCGCAUGAGGAGCUCUCGGCGAUGGUGAAUCGGUGUCACCCGCUGAGCCUGUCCAGCGACCACCAGGCCAUGCUGCACCACAACCCCAUGAGCCACCACUUGAAGCAAGAACCGUCAGGUUUCACUUCCUCGAAUCAUCCCUUUUCCAUAAACAGGCUGCUGCCCACCGCCGAAAGCAAGGCCGACAUCAAAAUGUACGCGGACAUGCACCAGUAUGGCUACAACACUCUGAGCCCGCUGCCCAGUUCGGUGCAUUCGCACUCGACCAUAGGCAACGACUACUACAACAGCCCCCUGUACCAUACGUCAGCGGGGACGACGAGUUUGUGACAGUAUCCUCUGGCAUAAGGAAAAGCCUCGAAUAAAUUCAUGAUGUAAAUAUAUUCUGUGCAUUGUAAAUACUAGAUUUUGUUAGUGUUUUAAUGCAACUUUUCAAGCACUCAAUUUUUGCAAAUCGUUUGCUUAGAUGUUAUCUAUGUCGCGCGAGUGAGUAUAAGAGGAAUGUUUUUAUCAUUCUCCGGGAAAUCUCGACGUUACGUUCGAUCUGCUAUAAUCUGUUCCCUCAAUCGAGUAUUGCUAUAUAGGUUUCUUACUUUUUUAUUUAUAUUACCCAGCGUAUUCUGAUGUUUUAUAAUUAUUAAACUUUGUUGAUAGUUAUGUACAAAGUGAUUGUAAUAAAUGUACAAAUUUCUUGACGAAUUUGUGAUGUUUCAAAUAUGAUUUAUAUCGAAUACUUGAAAUUUGUAUUAUACAUACCUAACUAUAAAAGAGGUACUUACUAGAAAGGUUUUUAAUAUAAGGAAAAUGUGCAACUGCGAACCAAAUUUGUACAUAAAAUAUAGAAAAAUGUAUAUUAUGAUGUAAAUGUAUUAAACUGACUUUUUGUCACAAUAAAUGUCAAUCUCUUUAA